AUGUCGGGGAAGAAAUGUAAGCAUUGUGGAUCGUCGGAAAUUGAAGUGGAUCCAGCUAGGGGAGAUGCUGUAUGUACUAAUUGUGGUACAGUACUGGAAGACAACAUCAUCGUUGCUGAGGUCGAGUUCCAGGAAACUGCACACGGUGGCGCUUCGGCAAUAGGACAAUUCGUUUCAGCUGAUUCCAAGGGCGGCGCUACGGGUUUUGGUCGAGCAUUCAAUGCUGGCAUUGGACAAGAAUCCAGAGAGAUUACUCUAAGAAAGGCCAGAGAUGGCAUAACAACCCUAUGCCAGCAGUUACGUCUUAAUCAACAAUGUAUAGAUAUAGCAUGCAAUUUCUUCAAGAUGGCUUUAACACGACAUCUGACUAUUGGCCGACCUGCAAGUCACACACAAGCUGCAUGUGUUUAUAUAACAUGUAGAACAGAAGGCACUUCACGUAUCCUUUACUUAUGUAGCAUUUGUGCAUAUCUUUUUUUUUUAUUUUAAAACACUAUUUCUAAUAUUAACAACAUUUAAAUGA